AUGUCGUCAACACCCACAGAAUCGGCAGAAAAGCCAUACGAGCAGGUAGUAGUCGCUAUCGAUGAGAAACAGACCGCCAUCGAAGGCUACCAUGUCGGCGUUGACAACUACGACGACAGCUCCAACCUCAAGAAGUCUGCAGACGGGCGCUAUGUGCUCAUACCACAGCCAAGCAACAGCCCAGAUGACCCUCUCAAUUGGUCGCCAGCAAAGAAAGCUGUGACUCUCGCUAUCAUCGGCUUUAUUGCAUUCUUGCCCGAUUACGCAGCAGGUACAAGCAUCAUCACAUUGAUCCCCCAAGCCAUUCAAUGGAAAGCAACCCAAUACGAGGUGCAAAAAGCCGUCGUCGGCAACAUCUUCUCCCUCGGAAUCUGUGGUCUCGCCGUCGUAGCCCUAUCCAACUACUUCGGCCGCCUCCCCAUAAUAUUCCUCUUCCAAUCCCUCUCCCUCAUGACAAGCGCCUGGUCCGGCGCGGCCACAAGCCUCAAUUCCUACAUCGCUGCGCGCAUCCUCAACGGGCUCGUCUCGAGCGCUGCCCAAGGUGGUGGGCUCAUGUGGAUCAAAGACCUCUUCUUCUUCCACGAACACCCCCGCAAGAUCAACUACCUCGAAUUCCCCAUCAUCCUGAGCCCGUAUCUAGGCCCCUUGAUCACAGCCUUCAUCACCUACAAGACUACGUGGCCCUGGGGCUUCUGGGUCUGCACGAUCCUGUUUGGCAUCGGCUGGCUGUUGAUCUUCGCGUUUCUCGAUGAGCCUUACUAUGAUCGCAGCAUACCCGCGGACCAGCAACUCCCUCGUCGUUCGCGCUGGAUGCGCCUCAUUGGCGCUGAGCAGCUGAAAGCAGCUCGGUCGGAGAAACGGCCGUUGUCUGUGAUGGUGCAGCCGAUCCUCGCGAUCACGAAGAUUCCGGUCUUGCUUAUCGUGAUAUACUAUUUCCUGAAUUUUGCGUGGGUGAUCUCCGUGAACACGACCAUCAGUAUCUGGCUCGUCAACUUCUACCACUUUAAUCCCAAGAAUCUAGGCUUCUUCUACUUCUUCGGCGUCAUCGGCGUAACACUCGGCUGGUUCGUGGGUCACUUCCUCCACGACGCCUUCGGCACCCUCUACGCCCGCCGCCACAACAACACCAUCCUCCCCGAAGCACGCCUCACAAUCUCCUACCUCGCAACCCUCAUCUCCAUGAUCUCCCUCAUCAUCCUGGGCCUCGCGGUCCAGAAUCACUGGCACUAUAUGGUCCUCGCCGUCUUCGCGGCCGCGCAGUGCUGUGGGAUCAUGAUCUGCACGACGGCCGUCAAUGCAUACCUUUUGGAUUGCUAUCCGGGGCAGUCAGGGGAGGUGAGCGCGUGGGUCGCGGUUGGAAGGAUUUGGGGCGGGUUUAUGGCGACAUAUAUACAGUUGCCGUGGGUGGGACGGAUUGGACCUGCGAAGGUGCUGGGGGCGCAAGCGGGGAUCACGGCUGCGGCGGCGUUGAUCAUUGUGUUCUUGCAGGUGUAUGGACGGCGGAUCAGGAUGUGGCAGGAGGGGAAAUCGGUGGUGCAGAAGUAG